CUUACCGUGGUCCUCAAAGUGGCCGCUCCCAAGAGAUUGACAGGAGUCAAUCAGGUUCGUCUUAUAUUCGGACCAAUACGAUUAUCUGGCCAAUGCUGGGUGUCUAAGGCCUUUGAAACACAUAGAAGACAAAGAUCUCUUGGUGGAGGAUAUCAUCAUGUUUCAGCUGGUUCAUCGAGUUAGUGGAGCACUUCAAAGGUUCAGGGAGGGGAUGAAGACCCUUGGUGUUCUUGAUGCAAUAAGAAUGCACCCAGAUGCUGUUAGACCGCUGUUUUGUCACGAGCCAUCCCCACUCACAGCUGAUGUACUAGAAGUGUCAGCAGUGGGCAGGAACAAAAGAAGGGCAGAGGAAUGUGUGGUUGCAUUUGGGAGGGACUACCUGCUGGAUGUUGAGGAGCAAGAGGGACCCUUCAACUUGGGGGUAUCCUGGCCUUUGCGACAGGAGCAAAUGAUAUUCCACCCCUCAGACAAGGCUGUCCACCACAAACACAUGCAUUAA